AAGAGAGUUAGAGGAAUUAUGUUGGUAAUUACCUAACUGUUUUAGCACAUUCGCUAUCACUUUUGUUUGAAUUACUUAGUAUUUUCAUAGAGUAAAAUAUUCCUUCAAUGUAAUAUUGAAUAGCUUUGCAAAAUAUGCAAUAUCAAUGAAGAUCAAAGGACCGAAGGAGAGAUCAGGGAGUGAGAAAGACCUGUUAAAAUGAGAUAUGGCUACCGGGGGGCCAACACAGCCCAGGAGAAAUGUUGCACGGAAAGGGAAGAGGUCCAUCAAGUUGUAUGUAACCACGUAUACUGAUGAAUUUGAUUCCGAAAGAGAUUAUUUGAGCCAGGAGGUCUUGCCAGAAUUGAAGUCAUGGUGUGAAAGUAAAGAAUUGACAUUAAAGGACAGAUUUGUAAAAUGGGGCUCCAAAUCACCCCGGUAUCGACAUGUUGAUGAACUUGAGAAAACUCAGACCAGCAUUGAGAACUGUUACCAUCGUAGCACCAUGCCUCUCUUUAUCAACAUCACAUGCGAAUCGAUUGGUUGGAUUCCUAUGUGGGAGGAGUUUCCAGAUGAAGAUGUGGAGAACUACUUGGAGACAUAUGGACUGUUGGUGGAGGAUCUAGAAGUGAUGAAGGCUGCAUAUAGACAGGACAAUAUGAACUCUCUCUUUCUGAUCCGAGAUGACACAUUCCUAAGUCACGUUCCAGAUAGUGAAGCUAGCUACUUCUUGAAGAAAAGUCCAGCAGCAGAAAAGCUCAAAUUGUUUGGGGACAAGAUCUCAGAAAAAAUUCCAGCAAAGAGAAUCAUGAAAUACGUGGCGACUUACUCUGAUACCUCAAGUACUACUGCUCGAAAAGCUAGACUCAGUUUUAGCUCUUCCCUGAAACAAACUAUUAUAGAUUUCUGCAAACAAAGGAUUUCAUUUGAUUUUUUUGGAGAGCAGCCUCGUCUGUCCCAGGCAGAUGAUAUACCUACCAAAUUAGAACACUUAGAAUACAUGAAAACCAAGAGUGAAGAUGUGAUUGGAAGAGAUGACAUUCUGAGAAAAAUUGAAGAUUACAUCCAAAUUGAGGAUAAGGAUGUCCCUAUGCUGGUAUUAGGAGAAGCUGGGUCUGGGAAAUCAUCAAUUCUCUGUAAAGCGGCCUUCUCAGUAUACAAUAAAGUACAAGAUGAUGAGUUCCCCGGUCCCAACGGACAAAGAUGGAACGUGUUUUUUCAUUUUACUGGAUCUGUUCCGGGUUCCACCUGUCUGGAGUCCAUGUUAAUGAGGCUAUUAGGAGAAGUGGAGGUGUUAAAUGACAACAACAUUCCACGAGGAGUAGAUGCCACGGCUCAGAUGUGUUGCAGUCUUCUAUCCAAUCCCAAUACCAAGCCAGUGAUAUUAUUUAUUGACGCCCUUCAUCAGUUUGCAGAUGAUCAAGCAGCGAGGGUUAUGUCCUGGUUACCACGGAAACUUGCUCCACAGGUGCGAUGCAUAUUUUCCAUUCAGAUGGAUUCUUUUCAGCACACGACAUUAGUCAACAGGGAAACUAAACCUAUAGAGAGCAUUGUACCAUGCUUUAAUCUCGAUUCUAGAAAAAAAAUUGUGAAAAAGUUGCUAGGGAAAUAUGGAAAAACAAUAUCUGCUAGUCAAAUGGAGAAAAUCAUGAGGAAAGAGUCCUCUAGUAAUCCCUUGUGGCUGACAGUGGUUUGUGAAGAGUUGAGGCCCCUGGAAAAUGUGGAGGAAGUGGAUAAGAAAAUUGACUCUCUACCGGAGGGACUUCUCAACUUGAUGAAUGCCGUGCUGAAGAGAUUUGAGAGUGGAACGGAGCGUGACUUAUCCAUCGCUACGGUCUGUUUACUGGAAGCUUCCUCGGGAGGACUGCUAGAAACAGAACUGCGACAGUUACUGGGAAACUCGGUCACCCUCAUGCCACCUUCUGAGUUUGAUGAAAAGGAGGAAAAAGAAUCAUCAGAGAAGGAAAUCUGUAAACAAAAUCUACCUCUUUGUGAUGAGAAAUGGACAGUGGUUUAUUCACAGCUUCAGCCAUUCCUCACACCGUGUGGGAAAACGUCCCAAGGAAAACUCAAUCUGUACCACCAGGCUCUCCAAAGUGCAGUCCAAAAUAGGUACUUCAAACAAAUGGAAGACGAGGGAGGGACGGAGGGCAAAGAGGAUAACUAUUAUUGGUGGCAUAAGACGCUGGCCAGUUAUUUUGAAAAUACUGACAACUUAGAUAGAUAUGUAGAGGAAUAUUUAUACCAGUUAGUGUGUUUAGAAGACAGUUACAGACUCAGCUUCUGCUUGUGUGACUGGAAAGUGUUUGAUGUCCUGUAUAACGAGGAAUACAGCUCUAAAUUACUGGAGUACUGGAGAAAGGUUGGGAAGACCACGGAGAUGAUAACAAUGUAUGACAGAUUCCUGAAGAAGUUCGAGGAGGAUGAGACGGUGGAUGAAGAAGCCAUUUCUAUCCGAUAUGAAAAAGUCUGCAGAGUUGUGAUUCAAGCAGGCAAAUAUCAAGAGGCACUAGAACUACUGAAAACAGCUCUGAAAAUCGAGGAGAAGGAGCUGGGAGCCAGGCCCCACAGAAUGGUGGAACUGUAUGCCCUCAUGGCUGAAAUUUAUGAUGAGAAACUGAAACUGAACGACUUUGUCAGUCCCAGUCAGAUACCGGACCUUAGAAUGACAAUACAUUACGGAAAGAAGUCAAUAGCACUUAGGAAAUCCUUACCAGGAAAUUAUCACAAGUUUAAGCUUGGUAUGAGUUUUAUGAAGUUGGCUUUUAAUAUGGAGAGCUGGGAGGCCUGCGGAGGGGGACCUGAACUAUCAGGAGAAGAGGCCCUAGCAGUGGGGAAUAAAUACAUUGACAAAGCACUAGAGAUAUUUGAGGAGCUGAACGACAUGGGACAUUAUGCAGAGGCUCAGAUGACCAAAGGCGUGUUAGCUCCGAGGGGGAGUAUGGAACAGUUAAAGUUGUACAAUACUGCUAAAGAUCUAUGUAUGCAGAUGUACGGGGAGUAUCACAUCUUGACAUCUAGACUGUACAUUAACAUUGGCAUCGUGUAUGAGGACAAUAAUGACUUUAAAAAGGCAUACGAGUAUUUCAAAAAAUGGGCACGAGUUAGUGAGGAAAUUUUGGGCCCAGAUCAUCCUAAGACUCAGCGAGCCAAAGGUGUAUUACGUGAAACACGAUACAGAAGAAUAGCCAAGAGUCUCGGGGAAUUAGAGGCGGGGGAAACUUUGGACAAUACAGAGGUGGAUUCAAAUGAGGAUCCUGAUGAAAGUCUAGAGCAAGACAGAGCAGAUGUGGAAAACUUUCAGUCCACACAUUCAGACUUGGAGCGAUACUGUGAAGAUGACAUUGAUAUCAAUGAAGGACCCACUCUAAACAACAGUGGUAGUAGUGCUAGUAUAGAACAGAAUAACAAUAACGACAAUGUCCAGUCCUCAAAUGUAGACAGAAACACGGAGGAAAAUUCCCAGGCAUUAAUGAAUGGCUAUUCUUCUGAAUUGCCAGUCAAUUCAAGUAGCAAUGACGACAGUAGUGAAGAUAUGCAUGAUGAUCAGUCAGAAUUAUAUGCUGAGGAUUAUAUAUUAAAUGCAGUCAGUGACCCUGUGAUAGAGGAAUUCAAUGUAAAUUUAGAGGACAGUGAAGAUGAAGAUGAUAUUGUUCAGCUUGCAACACAAGAAUUGAAUAUUGGUAAUAUAGAAGCUCUUGGAGAGCAUGACAACAGAUAUGAAGAUAUGUGGGAGGGGCAUGAGAGUAGUGAUCCGGAGGAGAAUGAAUCGGAUCCAAUCAACAGACAGCUCACCAGGGAUAGGAAUUGAUGAUGUUCAUUUCUGUUCAAAAUGAUUCAUUGAUAUGAACUUUUGCAGCUUGCAUGAGCUUAACACACAAGUGAGCUUUUCUGAUUGAAAUAGUGUCGCUUGGCUUUACACCAUUUCAUCUUUCUCUCAAUGAAAAUCGGCACAAUACAUCAUUAGGUAAAGGAGAUUCAAUUUUUUUUUAAAAAGGCAUCAUCAUAUCUUGGCAGAGAUAGAUUAUAGAAGAAUUCAUUACUGUAUACUGUAAUGAAAAUAGGACAAGGCCACUUUAAUACCAGUGGGCGAACUUUUCCUGAUGACGAUCCCGGAAAUAGGUGUUGUAAAGUAAAGCAUUUUGGAUAUACAGAUGUUGAUUUUUCUCAAGUCAAAAAUAAUAUCUAGUCAUCUUCAUGUCUUUUAGAUUUUAAAAUAUUUUUUCAAAACAGUAUUUUUAAGGCCAUAAUAGGGUUUUAAAUUUUAACAUAGAAGUAUAUCAGAAUCUUAAAAAAGUUUUCUUCUAAAUAACCAGGCCAUUCUUUGAAUAGCAGGAUGUUAUGGAAGUGUCCCCAAUAUAGUGCUGGUUCAAACGUUUUGAAUUGGGGCUACAAUACGAGUGCAAGAUAUACAGAGAAAGAAAUCUGUCAAAUCUCUUCUCUGCAAAGACGUAAAACAUGCUUAUAACAAAGUGCUGGGAACGAACAACUUUAAUUUGGUAUAAACAUAGGGUGCACUUGAUUCGUCUACACUGCUGUAUACCCACUGUAGUCAGUUUACACCUUUAAUCAAGUACAGUUUGGUGUAGUGUAGUGUAUUCAAUAUGGACGUUCAGCAGCUGAGGAGAUCCUCAUUGGAGAAUUAAGGAUCGUAACUCAAAUGAAGUACAAACUGAAUAAGUAUUUGAAUUUUAAGAUUUUUCUUUAGGGAAAUGUAUUUUAAUGUGCAUUUAUAAAUACCUCAGGUCAUAUUUCAAUACUAUUUAUUGAUUAUUUGGCGGUAAACUUUUUUGAUGAGUGUACGAAAUAGUACUAGUAAUCAUUUGUUAUAUCUAAUAAGUUCAUGAUGUCUUUUAAAACUACAGGGAAUGGAAAUUACUUCACUGUAAGAAUGAAUUCAUUAUAAGUGUGUUAACUGUAAACCGUGUUUUACUGUAUGUGUGAAUUCAUUAUAUUAAGUGUAUUCCCUGUAACCUUUUACUGUAUAGGGCUAUAUAAUUUCAACAUGCAUUGCACUUCUUCUGUGGUCACAAUAUGGGGUGCAAAGGUUUUACAUUUGACAAUGGACUAAAAUAUUGAUUUGACAAUGGAUAGAAUGCAUAACAAAUAAAUUUCUGUAGACAUUCAGAAACAAAAACAAGACUGCAGUAUACAGUAGAUACACACAAUAAAGUUUGCUGAAAUCAAGGUCAUUACACACGUCAGUUAAGUACCUCCACGUAUACACUGUGCUCAAUCAGGUCACAUUUACCAACUGUUACAUUCAUCUAUCUAUUUAUAUAUAUAUGUUGAAAUCAAAUCAGAGAGUGUGUUAGAAUUAAUGACUUCCAGAGAAGUGUAUACUGAUGUCCAACAGUGAGCCUUGGUUUCUCUACAGUGAAGUAGGUGAGCAAUGUGGCCCAUGGGCCUCUUUUUUAUGAUAAAUACAUGUAUUAUUGCCUGUAAGAGCCUAUGAACAAGGACAUUUGAGUGAGUGUUGUGGCACGGUUUUUAGUGAUAAACAAUGGAAAAAUUAUGUAAUAAGUAAAUUUAUAGGAAUGUAUGUAUAGGAAGGGGAAGUAACAUUUAACAGGGUAAUGUGUUAUCAUGAACAGAGCUUGGGGACUGAAAUCAUCCUGCCUCUCAUUUAUGUAUUAGUAACAAAUUGAAUAUUCAAAAUCAAAGCAUUUAAAUAUAAAAAAGAAUUAUUUCGACAUGAUGAUUAAAAGUCAUUCAAUUGUGUGGUAAAUUUUAAAACCAUCACAUUCAAAAAGCUUUUCAAAUAAUCGAAUGUGUUGUGGCUUAAUUUACAUUUAUUUUGGAAAUGAUGCCUGCAUAUUCAAAAGGAUAUACCAAUUAAGAUCAUCAAAUUUAAUUUGAUUAGCAUUCUUUGUGGAACCUUAUGCUUCUUGCCAAUAGAGACCGUGAUAAAGCAUUGAAUGACGAGUUUGCUUUUCAUGUUUAAUAUCGUUCUAAUGGUGAAGACUGGGCAAUAGAUGUGAUAUUUUGUUGAAAUCAGUGACUGUUUUGUGAUAUACUCAAUGUAAAUUACCCCAAAAUAUUGCGAAGUGAAUUUCCCUUACUUUCAUUAUAUAAAUGGAAUGUUUAUUAACAUUAUAAUUCUUUUAUCAUGUUUAUAGCAGAAAUAAACUGUUGUUUUAUCUUUAUUAAA